UGUAUCGUCAAGGUCAACACGUGUCAAUCCUGUGGGUCAGACGAUGGCCCAUUGUUUACAGGAUUGUGUUUGGGAUGUAAAGUUUUCAUACGAUUCGGGAAAGACAGAGGACGAACUCCACAAUGUUAAUGUCAUCGUAAUCGGUGUGUAUAUCGUUUCCUGGUCAGUAUCGAUUCACUGGUGAUUGAGUGAGUACUUCCAGGAGAGUACGUACCUCUAAUCUCUCACUCUGAGGAUCAACAGUGUUGGCAGCUGAACGACGGUCUCACUGUCAUUGUUUGAACAUUUUGGGGGAGAUAAAAAUUGGGGCCAAGAGGUGGGCGUUUGUGUUGACGGAAGUUGACAAGGUGUAUCAUGCGUGUGAAGAGUUCACCAAAGCGUACAGUGAGAAUGAACAAUGAUAAACAAAUUAACGAUGAGGUCACGAGGGAUUCUGGGAAAGAUAGUUCAUCGUCGCGAGAGAAUUUGUCGCAAAUGUCUGAGGAAUCGUCUUCUAAAUCCAAACAGAAAGAAUGUAUCGGAAUUUGGAAUGUCCUUGAUUUGACGAUAACAGGACCAUCGUCCCCUUGCGACGAUUGCUGGAAAGAGACAGAGACGUGUUUACCAUUGGAUUACUCCGCCGCUACAUUAUCACUGUGCGAACCGAUUGAUCUAUCGACAAAGGCCCGGCCACCAAGUCCACCCAAUAAUUCUCCACCACCAUCAAGACAGACCAAAGAAUUCAAGGACACAUUUCUGUACAAAAUGCUGACCGAUCCACUGUUCGUGGAGAACCUAAAAGGCACCAAAAACGCUGUCACCUACUCGUGUCCAUUCUGCAAGAAGCAAUUUCCCGAUGAGAGCAGUCUCGUGCUGCACCAGAAGCCGAUUGUUAAUGAACUCAACAAAAUAGCAUGCUGUGCGUGCAACAAAACGUUUACGCAGAAACGUUACUUGCGUUAUCACCAGAGAUCACAUUCAGAGAGAACUAAGUACACCUGUGACAUCUGCACCAAAAAGUACUCGAGACAGGAUAACUUGACUCGUCACAACACAUUCCACACGAAUCCUGACAAGUUUCCCUGUAUUUAUUGCGAACGAACGUUCAGUAGAAAGGAUUUGUUGAACAAACACAUCAAAGGACACGAGAAUCGAUUCAAUUAUCACUGCGAAAUUUGUGAUAAGUACUUCAAGGGUUCAUUGUCACUGGACAAUCAUCAGAAACAUUAUCAUAAGAAGGAUACGCCCGGUGAAAGUGAAGCGCUUGUAUAGAAUAUUUUCAUUAAUUUUGAUAAAUAUUGCGAGCACUGAUAAAAUAUUGAAAAUAAAUUUUUUUUCAUUGCAGGAGAUAUUAGUUGAGUAGGAUUCUAGGGAUAACUUAUUGCUUGUUAAUUUUGUUCUAAUUUGGAAAAUUCAUACGUAAAUCCAUAUGUCCUCACUCGUUUUUGUUCAAUUGCGAUUGUGAGAGACAAAUAACUCGAGAAUUCAGAUAAUUGCUGUGGAAAAUUGUGGAAAAAAGUAUGAGGAAAGCCGUGUUACAUCUCAAAUGAACCGUCACCCAUUACCAAAUUGAACUUUUUUUUUUCUUCAUUUCGCGUUCAUUUCACCCUAUUUUCCUUCAUAUGCUGUGGCAAUCUUCUGUUUUCUGUAGCCAAUAAGGAAAUCUUGGGUGAUUUUUUUUCAUUAGAAAACUGGUAUUUUCUAAAUUUUGCCAUCUUAUUUUUGUUUAUAAAUUGAAUCGAAAAAGUAUUUCGACUGAUCACACACGUUGAGUUUCGGCCAGAAGUUAUUUUACAUUUCACUGUUUUCGUUUCGAAAUUGAAUGUCUUCUGAGUUCGGAAGCUAAAAAAAUUUGACUAAAAUGCAUUCAAAAGCUCAGACUAGCUCUAAAAGACACUAAAAAAAUUCUGUUUGAUGAUAAAAAAUAGAAAGUGUUGACAUGUAAUCAAUAAAAAUCAACCCGACAACUGUAGUGAUUAAAAAAAAAUUCUGUCUACGAAAGAUUCUGUCGAAAGAAAUAGAAAAAAAGUUGAGAAUAACUCUUCGCAGACUGCCAAUCUCAUGCGAAAUCAAUCGAUAUUAAUUUCGAAAAGGUGCAUCAACGGUCGCGUCAUUUGACAUGAAAUACCUCACCACAAUUCACCGGUAAAAACUUUAAAAGUAUUGCGUAAAAAAAUGAUGAAAAUUCACCAUAAAAUGGAAAACUAGAGCAACUGACAUGUGUUACUACAUUCACCUUUUUUGUCCCUCUCUUCCUCUCCUCAAUACCUUUUUGAAAAUGAGAACACCCACCCACCAGUUCUCUUUGCUUUUAAAUUAAUGCAAUUAAGUCGAGCGUUAAAAUAUCGUACUUAAUUCGCCGUCGGCGCCUUUGUUUCA